AUGUACCACCCUCUCGCUCCGUUCACCGCGCAUAUACUGACCCGUGCUCUCUCCUCCGCCCCCCAGGCGGCAAUCCCAGAGCUGCGAUGCGUGCCGUGCACGCAAGGUGAGGUGUGCGCGCGAGAACCCGACGAUCCGAAGGGAUCCUGCAAGCACUGCAUCACCCUCGGCAUCCCCUGCACAUACGACUAUCAGCCCAAGAAACGCGGUCCCCCGAACUUGUACCUCCGACGCCUCCAGGAAGCCGCUGCCGCCGCGGCGCAACAGGAUUCUCAAAACGGCGCCGAUCUGCCCGGCUCGCCCUCGUCCACCUCCCAGAGCGCGACGAGCCCCGUCCAGUCCGCGCUGUCCCCCGUCGCGCCCCACCAGCAGCACCCGCAACAGCAGCAGGUCCCCGCUUUCCUCGAUGGGAGCGCGCUCGGCCCCGUGCAUGCGUCCGCGCUCCCCCCAUCGCGCUACCCCAUCGCCGCCGACGGCUUCCACUCCCAGUUUCCGCCGCUCUCUAUGCGCUCCCCCCGCGCGGAGGACCAGCCGCAGUACGGCUCGCCCUCUGACCAGUUCAGCACCUACCCGCUCCACAACUGGUCCUUCAAGCAGCACCAACAGUUAUCGGUGCUGCCCCCCUCGGCAAUCCCCCCACUCUCAUACUACUAUCGCCCGCAUCGGCUCGAGGACGUCGCGCCUCGAGACACCAUCCUGCUCAUCAUCGCCCUUUUCUUCGACUUCGAACGCGACCCGCUCUUCUUCGCGCUCGUGAUGAGCACCGUUGCGUCGACGCUCGUGCAGGUGCCGCGGUCGUACCUCCCCAUGGAGCGACACGCGGUCCGCAAGCUCGCCCAGACGUGCCACGAAGCCAGCCGGCACAUAUCCGUCGCCUCGUACGACCCCCCGACGAGCAUGCACGUCGUCAUCCGCUACUUCGACUGUGUCUACCACUUCUGCGAGGGCCACGAUGCGACACAGCACGCCGCGUUUGGAGAGGCGGCGCACAUCGCGGUAACGCUUCGGAUGCACGAAGAGUCAUCCUAUGAAGGGCUCGAUCUGAUCGAGUGCGAGGUUCGACGGCGGACGUUCUGGUUGCUAUUUGGGGCCGACAAGUCGAUGUCCAUCCUGCUCGGGCGGCCCAUCUGCCUCCGUGAUGAGGACACCACGUGCAACUUUCCACGCGAGCUCGAUGACGAGUACAUCACGCCAAGCGCGUACCUCCCGCAGCCGCACGGCAAGACGGCGAUCGUCUCCGGGCUCAACUACACCUCGCGCAUCUUCGCGCUCCUUGGCGAGAUCCUCGUCCGCAUCCGCGUCGACAAACGCUCUCCGCCGCAGGGCCAGUUUCUCACCGCGCGCCUGGAGGAGGUGCAGGCGCUGCACGCCCGCAUCGUCGCCGCGCUCGCGCACGCGCCGGACCCGCUCCGGCUGAAGCACGCGCACGGCGGGCAGAGCCACCUCCCGCCCGAGUACGGAGGCGCGGGAUUCCGCCAGGCGGCGUUCACGGAGGUCAAGGACUUCUUCGACAACCCGAAUGCGAGCCGCGCCAACGCCCUCAACCCGUUCUUGGUCAUGCAAGCGAACCUCUACGUCACGCAGCAACUGGUCCGAUUCGUGAUCGAGCAGUACCGCGACGAACUUGUGACCUCGCUCCAGGGGGGCGUGGACGAGCAUCGAGUGGUCGAGGAACGCGAAGCGGUGGCGUCCGACCUGCUCAACAUCCUCCACAGCAUACCCAUUCAGUCGAUUGCAACGAACGGGCCCUCUUUGGUGCACAAGGUCCGGUUCGUCGCCUCGACGCUGCUCGACGCGGUGCGCAAGGCGGAAACAGCCCCGGCGUCCGCGGCGCGCGCGCAUGCAUACCUCUGGGACUUCUUGUCCAUCCUUUCGGAGAUCGAGCGGAACUAUCUGCUCGACGACGAUCGGACGGGCUGGGAAACGAUGCAGGCAUCCCGCUGA